AUGAAGCUGCGAUUCUCUCUACUCACGCUCGGGUUCCUUAAAUGUGCGGCAACUGUGUCUGAGGGUAUCUCACAAAGUCAAUCGGUCGUCAGUUGGGAUCGACAUUCGAUCUUGGUCGGUGGAGAGCGCAUCUUUAUCCAAUCUGGUGAAUUUCAUACUUGGAGGUUGCCAGUCGUGUCUCAGUGGACCGAUAUCCUUCAGAAGUUCGCCGCUGCGGGGCUCAAUACAGUAUCGAUUUAUGGCAAGUUUUUGAGGGUCACACUCAACGCUCAUGCAAACGUUCAUGUCAACGCUAACAACCAAUGCUUCAUCCCAGCCGAAACAACAGCCGGCGGGAUACCUGGAUGGGUCACCACUCUUUCUUGCCCCCUUCGCACAAACGCCACCGAUUUUGAUAAAUCCUGGAGGCAAUAUUGGGAAGAAAUGAUUGAUCGCAUUGUGCCCAAUCAAGUUGGCUUGCCAAAUGGUACUAUCAUUGGCGUCCAGGUCGAAAACGAAUAUUUAACCGACGCACAUUCAUCCCAGGGCCAGCCUCCCGGAAAGGAUCAAUACAUGCAGGAUUUGGCAGAUGCACUGGUAGACAAGGGAAUUGUAGUCCCUUUAACUGUGAAUGAUGCGGGCAUGGACAAAAACUACGCCACCGGGAUGGGAGCUGUGGACAUAUACGGCUUCGAUUCAUAUCCUCAAUCGUUUGAUUGCUCCCAACCUACCCGAUGGAAGCCUGUCGUCGAGACAUAUAGGAACUACCAAGAUUCUUUAGGCCUGCAGUCGCCCCUCUUUAUCCCCGAGUUCCAAGCAGGGGCUUAUGAUCCGUGGGGUGCAUCAGGAUAUGAAAAUUGUCGAAAACUGACAGGGCCCGAGUUUGAGUCGGUCUUUUACUUAAAUAACUUGGCUGCCAACAUCAAAAUGAUAAAUUACUAUAUGAUUUACGGUGGAACUAACUGGGGACAGCUAGCUUUCCCAGGAACCUAUACCAGCUAUGAUUACGGUGCGGCAAUAUCCGAAGACAGAACAUGGAACGAGAAAUAUACAGAGUUGAAGCGCCAAAGCUUUUUCCUCAGAUCUUCCAAGGAAUUUUAUGAGACAGAAGUAGUCGGCGAUAGCAAGCAUGAUCCAAAUUAUUUCGAGGGCGAAAGUAGCUGUCGCGCAUUUGUCACUGAGCUCAGGAAUCCGACAUCUGGGGCAGGAUUUUACAUUGUCAGGGCGCUAAAUUCUACUUCAACCGGACCAACGAAGUUCAGGUUGAAUGUUCUGACUUCUGUUGGACUGAAGCAACUUCCUCAGAUUACUCUAUCGCCUCGAGAGUCAAGGCUAUUGGUCACCGACUAUAAGACAUCCGCUGGAAGCGAGAACCCCCACGACCCACGCCCAAUCAAAUUGCUUUACACUACAUCGAGUGUUUUGCUCUCGGCGCGUAUAGGCGGUCAUGAAGUCAUCUAUAUGUUUUCGAGCGGUGAUGAGCGAAUAUCACAGAACAUAGCUGAAGCGGAGGUCAGUUCGCUCAAAUUUCCCAGCUUAGAAAAUGACUACUGGAUGAGGAGCUUCCCCAAAGCUAGCCAGCCCCCGAGCUUCCAAAUUUCUACAAAGGACAGCUCACAUGGUUACAGGGAGAUCCGCUGGCGCAUUCGUGACCAAGGUGCCAUAUUUGCCCUAGGCUCUCAGAAUUCAGUCGUCCUGAUGACCAGCAAACGGAUGGCUGGCGAAGUUUGGAAUCCAAUUCUUGUCCAACCCGAUUCGUCUAGCCCAUCAACUAGUGUUCUCAUCUGGGGUCCUUGGCUUGUCCGGAACGCGACAAUUGGAACGACCGAAAACCCCAACAAGAACGUUUUGUGCAUCUGGGGAGACUUUGAAGAGGGUUUGAAGAAAGAAGUAAUUAUAUAUGUUGGCGGCUUGAUUAUUGAAGGGGUAGAGUGGAACGGGAAGAAGAUUCGGAAUCUUUCCAGAGCUCCAGAGUCCAAUUUCUUGAGCUUUGUAUACCACCCAAACUCGUUUAAAAGCUUUAUGGGAAAUAAACCCAAUAGCCAACUUAGUCAAGUGGGCAGUCGAAUAGAUUUUCGAACACUCAACUGGAGCUAUCGGGAUAGUCUUCCUGAGAUCGAGAGCAAGUUUUCGGAUGUAAAAUGGACUGAGGCUACUAUCGAGGAAAGCAACAAUCACUACAAAAAGCUUUAUGGAAAGUAUUACCUCUAUGCCUGUGAUUAUGGAUUCUGCAAUGGUGCCACAAUUUGGCGGGGUCAUUUUCUUCACAAGUGUCGAUCAUUGUUUCAUGACCAGAGUCAAGUCCACUUGAGUGCCCAGAUGGAGUCUCCGAUGGGAAUUAAUUUAACCAUUGCAGGUGGUGAUUUUUUUGCUGCCUCACUUUGGUUGAACGAUGUAUUUCUCGGAAGCGUUCCUAACUCGACUUCCAAAUCCGAUCCCAAGUUUUACUCUAAAACACACAUGAGCACAUUUUAUUUUCCUGGAGGCUCGGUUAACAAAUGUGGAUCUAACGUUAUCACAGUCGUGCAAGAUUCUAUGGGGAUGGACCAAACUGAGGACGGCUUUUCGGAUACUGUCAAGCAUCCCAGAGGGAUCUUGGGCUAUAAACUCGAAGGACCAGGUGCUGAGGAUAUCUUUGAAGAGAUUUCCUGGAAAGUGCAAGGUCAUCUAGGUGGAUUCUACAAGCUGCCGGAUCCAGAUCGAGGGAUUUACAAUGAAAAUGGCUUCUAUGGUAUUCGAGCAGGAUGGCAUCUGCCAGACUACGAUGAGCCGGAUGAGUCUCAAUGGACAGCCCUCUCACCUAUGAGCCAUGGUCUGACGACUGCUGGGAUUGGGUUUUAUCGCACCACUCUCCAAUUAGACUUGGAGCCAGGAUACGACGUGAUCGUCAGUUUUCAAUUUCAGCAACCACAAUAUGACCGAGGUCGGUAUCGAGUCGAGUUUUGGGUCAACGGUUGGCACAUGGGGAAAUUUGCCUCUCAUCUGGGUCCCCAAACGAGGUUCCCAGUCCACCAAGGCAUCUUGAAUUAUCAAGGCGACAACCAUUUUGCUCUUACCUUAUGGGCGCUCGAUGAAGAUGGAGCCGAGAUCAGUGGCUUGGAAUUGGUGGUGGACAAAAUCCUUGAGGGCGGAAUCGGGUCUAUCGACACCCAUCACCCACCUUACAACUCUUCCAGGCUCAAUCUUUUUGUUUAG